CUUAACCAAUUUUUCUGUCACUCUGUCUCUGCCAGCCGCAACCGAGAGCAUCUAAUUGCGGUUUUUAUCUCUUGCACUAUAUAUUCUGAUAGUAUUAUCUUUCUUUCUGGAUUUUUCUUCAUCUGAGUAACCAGACAUUCCUCGAUCGACGUCUUGAGGCAAUCUAUUGAUAUAACUGACGAUUUCUUCCUAUUUGUGCCUCUGAUAUUUCGGCAUAAAGAAUGGACGAGUUGUACUUUCAUUCUCAUAGAUGGGGUCUUAAAAUUAUGGGUUAUCUGCUUUGAUGUUUUGAGUUUUCUGACUGGGCUGUUUCGAAUGUAAUCAAUCGUCUUAAGCGAAGACGAUUUAGUGGAGCGCAAUUAAGAUUAUCCUAAAUUGAGUUCUCCAGAUUAGAGUAAUUUAAAAGAGGAUGCAAGCAAUGGGGAGGCUGGGCAGCUACAUUAGUCGGAGCGUGAACACCGUUUCCGGCCCUUUUCAUCCUUUUGGCGGCGCUGUGGAUAUUGUUGUAGUUGAGCAGCAAGAUGGGAGCUUCAAAUCGUCGCCGUGGUACGUCCGAUUUGGGAAAUUUCAAGGUGUUUUAAAGGCAAAGGAGAGAAUGGUCAACAUUACCGUUAAUGGAGCGGAAGCUGAUUUUCACAUGUAUUUGGAUCACAAAGGAGAAGCAUUCUUGAUCAGCGAAAUAGAUGCCGAAGAUGGAGAAUCUAUAUUACAUCCAUCAUCUUCAAGCGAUGAGACAGAUAGUCGACAGCAGGAUAAUAAGCGCCCUUUGAAGUCUGAAAGUUGUAAUUUCGAGACUGACAAGUCAAUUGCUGUUGCUCAUGUUGAUAUAAACAACGGUAAACUAUUGGCCAGGACUAAUUCUCGUCGAUCACGGCUGCUUGGUUUUGUAUUUAAUCGAAGGUCGAUGAAGGGCGAUAGUGGGAUUCGCAGGGAAAUAGAACUAAACAGAGUAGAUUCAUUGGAGCGUGCCGAGAUUGCAGCUAACCUGUUGGAGUUAAAAUGGUCGACUAAUCUUGCAGGCAGUAAACCAGCUAGUAAAAAUAGCAUAAAAACUCGGCAGAGCUCGCCUUUGCACGAUAACACUGACAAUGUGUUGGGCCAAUGUAAAUUAAACGAGGAAGCUUGCUGCUGCUCUGAGCAAGAAGGCAUCGAUUGUUCCAAAUCUGAAUUUGAAGGAAUUGGCGAGGAGGAGAGGAUAAAGCAGUCAUAUGUAAGCAUCCAAGGUGAAAGCUUUAUAGAAGGGAAAACCAAGGUGAGUGCGGAAGUAUCAACAAUAAUUGAUGCUGAUAAGGAUACUGAAGUUAACCCACAUGAGAACGAAGUUGCAUGUGAUAGCACAAGUUCUGAUUUACAAGUUGCAUGUCUAAAGCCCGAAACACACUUUGAAAAGCAACUGGGUGGAGAAGAACUUUCUGGAAUUUCUGGGGAGGAAUUUUCGGCAAAUGGUGACGGGUCUUUUGUUUAUUGCAAAACAUCAGAGAGAUCGAUGAUGGGCACAGAUUGUUCCACUGGUCAAACUCACGAGGUGUUUUACCUUGCUAGUAGAGGAUGUGAAUGUCAACAAGUCUGUGUGCAGGCUGAAAUCUUACAUGCCGCGGCGGUCCUCCUUCCUGAGGUCACAGCAAGUGAGGAAGACGUUAAAAAUGUUGAUUUCGGGAUGCCAGCGGAAGCUUCUGACUUUCAUUCUCAAGACACAGAUUUUUUCCGUUCCGGCCUCAGUGAUAAUGGUGUGGCAAAUGCUAAAGACCCAGUAAUGAUGCCAAAUCCUCAGAUUUUCAAUUUGGAUCCAGAACUUUGUUCACUUGAGGAGGUUCAGUCAAAUUGUGUUGCAGCAAGUUCCUGUUACAGCUGCCUGGAUAACCAAGCCUUGGGUGAGAAUAAAAAGGAAAAUGAUGAUUCGAGCAUGUUAUCUUCUCCCCAGGUUCCUAUUGGCAAUGAUGUCAUUGGCAAUGCCACAAGUAGAUCUCCACCUAAGGAAGGACAUACACACUCCAAUCAGUGUAAUGGGUCAAACGCCCCUGACUUUGUAAGUAAACAUCCUGUUUCAUAUGUGGAUAGCAUUGAAAAAGUGAACCGGGUAGUUGAUACAAGUUUUGAUUCACACUUAUCUCCGGGAAGCUCAACCACAAAAAGUCAUGUAGAUGACCUUCAAGAGUUUAGGCAAACAUGUCCCAUAGUUAUCCCUAGAAAUAAGGAUGCUAGGGAGGAAGUUAGCCUGCUGACAGGAUCCUUGCCCAAGAUGUCUUCUCAUAGUGACAGUCUCAAUAAACAUGAUGUUUCUCAUCCUUUAAGUCAAUCACUUGACUCAAAGUCCCAAUCGUUGAAGUGGACAUCUCCUCCCAAGAAUUACUUGAAACGUCUAAAAUCAGACGGAGACAAAGAAAACCAGUUAUUGGAUGAGGAGUUCGGUGACAAGGAGAACCAAAGCUUUACAGACUUCAAGAGUACCGUUCUGAAUCCUCCCAUUGGAGAUCCAUCGAGACUCAACCCUUCUCCUGGUGGAAACUGGGGACUUUGGCCUUUCUCCUUCAGGAGAUCAAAAUCUGGAAAGGCUGAGCAGCUUGCUCCAAGUGAUGCCAAAAACACUAUUUCGGGCAAUGCCUCAGAGAGUACAAUGGGUACUGAAGCAGAAAAUAAUGAGCUCAAGCCAAGAAGAAAAAAGGUUAAGACAAAGACUCCAACAUCUGAACAGCUGGCAUCCUUGAAUCUUAAGAAAGGGAGGAAUACAGUAACCUUCACAUUCUCUACGGCUAUGCUGGGGAAGCAACAGGUUGAUGCUCAAAUAUAUUUGUGGAAAUGGAACACCCGUAUAGUGAUCUCAGAUGUGGAUGGGACAAUUACAAGGUCGGAUGUUCUAGGACAGUUCAUGCCUUUGGUCGGAGUAGAUUGGUCACAAACUGGGGUUGCACAUUUAUACUCGGCUAUCAAGGAAAAUGAUUACCAACUGCUAUUUCUUAGUGCUCGUGCAAUUUCUCAGGCCUAUCACACCAGACAAUUCCUAUUCAACCUCAAGCAGAAUGGAAAAGUCUUACCCGAUGGUCCUGUUCUUAUUUCCCCAGAUGGGCUUUUUCCCUCCCUAUAUCGAGAAGUUAUCAGAAGGGCUCCACAUGAAUUCAAAAUUGCAUGCUUAGAGGAUAUCAAGGCACUUUUCCCUUCAAAUGGCAAUCCGUUUUAUGCUGGUUUUGGAAAUAGGGACACUGAUGAAAUCAGCUACCUUAAGGUUGGAAUACCAAAAGGAAAAAUCUUCAUCAUUAAUCCAAAGGGAGAGGUUGCUGUAAACCGUCGUCUUGAUACAAAAUCAUAUACUUCACUUCAUGCUCUUGUAAAUGGAAUGUUCCCCGCUACGAGCUUAUCUGAGGAGGAGGACUUCAAUUCAUGGAAUUUCUGGAAGCUGCCUCCUGUUGCUGUAGAUAUAUGAUAGGGCAGUCUGGCAUUUAUUGCUUGACCAUCUUGUAUGCUUAGCGAUAGGUACAGACUGCAUUGCUUGUAGAAUUACAUGGGUAGUUCUAGUGGCAACUUUAUUGGGUUGUUAACAUGCUACGUCACUCGGAAAUUUAUGAAAGAAGAGCACUUCUUCCCGCUCUGACCAACUGAGAUAAACUUUUUAUCUCAUUGAUGCUGUGAAUAUCGGCUUUGCUCUCGUUCUUUUUCCAUGUAUAGUAUAGUUUAGUGAUCCAAUGGAACACUUACGGGAUUUAUAGUGUAAUCUAGUGAUCAUGUGACCACAAAACUCGUAAUAUUCCUCUAAUGCCAUGUAGGGGCUGGGUGUCCAUGUAUAGUUUAGUGAUCCCUUGAAAGAGUUAAAAGGAAGAAUAGUGUAAUCUGGUGAUCCCGACCACAAACCGUUAAGUGCCUCCGUGCAAAGCAAGGGCCUGGUUUCCCUCCAAGCAAAUAAGCCGGCACCAAUAUACCGGAAAAGAAGCUAAAUCCGCCACACAUAUUUGUAAAUUUGAAUGAUUCUUCUACCUGAAUAUUUGCUUGUAAAACUGCAAGAGUGUAUGUAAAUUGGAUGACUCGAUAGUAAUAUAUGGAAAAACAUUCAAUAUAUUUCUCCAUUUUA